AUGGAGAACAACUCAGUUGAAAUCGGUUUUCAAUUAAACUUGGACCCAUUUACUAUUCCACCUGGAGGAAAGUACCCCAUAUUUCUAUUUGGCAUUGCUAUCUAUUUCUUAGGAAUGUCCUGCAACCUGACUCUGUUGACUCUGAUCAUUCUGAAGAGGAACCUGCACAGGCCCAUGUACUUUAUCCUGUUUAGUCUUCCCCUCAACGACCUGAUAGGAAUGACUGCCAUGCUACCAAAAGUACUUUCAGAUAUUGUCACAGAGACGCAUAAUGUUAACUAUCAUCUGUGUGUUUUGCAAGCAUUUCUGCUCCACAUGUAUGGUGGUGGAAUUUUGUUCAUCCUGGCGGCAAUGUCCUUUGAUCGUUAUGUUGCCAUCUGUAUGCCUUUACGUUACACCUCUAUCAUGACUCUAAGAACAGUUAUUUGCAUUGUCUGUCUAGUUUGGGGUCUCGACUUUGUCUUGAUUUUGUCUCUGUUCUCUUUACAAACAAGGCUCCCCAGGUGCAGAUCGGUGAUCAUGAACGUGUUCUGUGAUAAUCCGUCUCUCCUGAAGCUGACGUGUGGAAACACAGCCGUCAACAACAUCAUAGGACUGUUCAACACAGCCGUGAUGCAGGCUUUAAGCGUGUCCAUUCAGGCCUUCUCCUAUGUCAAAAUUCUGAUCACGUGUGUGGGCUUGAGGAAAUCCGAGGCAAAGUCGAAGGCUGUCAACACGUGUGUUGCUCAGUUGCUCAUUCUAGUUAUUUUUGAGGUUGUGGGAACUUUCACAAUUUUAUCUCAUAGGUUUAAAAAUGUCUCAGCUGACUUGCAAAAAAUAAUGGGCAUGUUAAUAUUUCUCGUACCUCCGCUUCUUAAUCCAAUUAAUUGGCUAAUGCUGGAAGGUCUUGGCUUACCACCAACUCAUAUCUAUCCAGCAUUUGUGUUUGGAACACUUAUCUAUUUAAUCAUUGUCUUUUGCAAUUUGUUGGUAUUAUCAACUAUUGCUGUGAGUAAAAAGCUGCAUAAGCCUAUGUUCAUCCUGUUGUUCAACCUGCCCAUUAGUGACAUAAUGGGUGCAACGGCUUUCUUCCCACACCUCAUUUUCAGCAUUGUGACUCAAGACAGAACGGUUUCAUCUCCUGCCUGUAUUACUCAGGCUUUCUUCAUCCAUUUCUACGGUACAGGAAACUUACUGGUGCUGAGUGCUAUGGCGUAUGACAGAUAUGUCGCUAUUUGUUCUCCUCUGAAGUAUAAUGCCAUCAUGAAUACGCCGAACUUAAUGAAAAUCAUUGUUCUGAUAUGGCUGAUUAACUUCUCUAUGAUGUUCACGUUGUUUGUGAUGCUUGGCCGCUAUAAGUUUUGCAGGGCAAAUAUAGUGGACUUGUACUGUAACAAUCCUUCAUUACUAAAACUAGUGUGUGAGGACGUCAGAGGGAAUAACUUUUAUGGAAUGGCAACAAUAAUUGUGAUCAUGGGUGGGCCCCUGUUGAUAAUAGUGUACACCUACGCACAUAUCUUACGCACAUGUGUGAUGACAAAUAAUACAGAUGCCAGAAAAAAAGCCAUUCAGACCUGCGGAAGCCAUUUAAUUGUUUUCCUACUUUUACAAGUAAACACUGUCUUUACACUCAUCGCUCAUCGCUUUCAGAAUGUGUCCCCAAUGCUGCGAAGGGCUUUUGGAGUGUCUAUUUUAAUUUUUCCUCCGUUCUUGGACCCAAUUAUAUAUGGACUUAAAACCAGAGAACUAAAGCAAACCGCUCAUUCUUUCAUUUUGAUGGUGAUGGCUCUGGAUCGUUUUAUUGCAAUUGUGGCUCCGCUGAGAUACGCGUCACUUUUCACAAACAAAACUGUCUCUGUGCUCUGUGGACUGUCAUGGUUCUGCCCCCUGUCAUGGAUGUUUGGUGUGGUUUUUGAUGCUCUUGCUCUGCCUUUUUGUAAUUCAAAUAUAAUUGUGCAGUGUUACUGUGACCAUUUAUCAAUAAUAAACCUUGGAUGUGAGAAUGUGAGAGGAUCUACUCUUCUUGGAAUAGGUCUUGCCAUGUUUAGUUUGUUGGUGCCUCUUAGUUUUAUCAUCUUAUCAUAUUUCAUCAUCAUUAUUGCUGUUUUGAAGAUUUCCUCCUCUGAGGGCCGCAUAAGGACCAUGUCCACCUGCACACCACAGCUUCUUAUCACAGGUCUUUUUUAUUUGCCGAGAUGCUUUGUGUACCUGGCAAAUUUUGUGGGCUUCACUUUCAGUUCUCCCAUCCGAAUUGUUGUCAUAAUGAUUUACAGUCUUUUGCCUGCCGCUGUGAAUCCAAUAAUAUACUGCUUUAAAACCAAGGAUAUCAAGGAAAACUUGAAAAGGAAAUUAUUUUCCAGCAAAAUUAAGAGCAUCCUAAAACCUGGCUAA